CGAAGCCAUCUCUCGGGCCUCGCCCAUUACCUUCAGCUUCCCCCCAUCCGUGGAUGCGCUGGUCCGCGCGGCCAGCGAGUCCGCAGCAGAGGGCAGCCCGGCGGCGGGAUCGUGGAGUGGCAGCUGCGGGAAAAACGCGGAAGUCCACAAGCUAGGCGUGGAGAUGCACAAGGUUAUAGCAGGGGUUUUGCCUCUUGUUCUGCUGUGAGCAUUGGUUGAUCUGGGAAGGGGAGAUAGCAUGGGCCCUGGGACGGCCUCCGCGUCCUGGGGUUUGCAGCUCGGCGUGGUGUUGGUGUUUCUGCUAGCGUCUGGUUCCCAGGGGCUCAACCAUGAAGGCUGGCUUCUCCUGGCGCUCAAGAGCCAGAUGAUUGACAGUUCCCACCACCUUGACAACUGGAAACCAAGGGAUCCAUCACCGUGCAUGUGGACGGGCGUAAUCUGCUCUUCGGCGCCCAUGCCAGCAGUGGUGUCUCUCAAUCUCAGCAACAUGGAACUGUCGGGCACCGUUGGUCAGAGCAUUGGCGGUCUUGCUGAGCUGACUGACCUUGAUCUGUCUUUCAAUGAGUUUUUUGGUACUAUCCCUACAGGGAUUGGGAAUUGCUCAAAACUGGUGUGGCUUGCCUUGAAUAACAACAAUUUUGAAGGUACAAUCCCCCCGGAGCUUGGGAAAUUGGCAAUGCUGACAACAUGUAAUCUGUGCAAUAACAAGCUCUAUGGUUCAAUACCUGAUGAGAUUGGUAACAUGGCAUCGCUUGUGGACUUGGUAGGGUACAGUAACAAUAUCUCUGGUUCUAUACCACAUUCUAUUGGGAAGCUCAAGAACCUCCAGAGUAUCAGAUUGGGACAGAAUCUUAUAUCUGGCAACAUUCCUGUCGAGAUAGGCGAAUGCCAUAAUCUGGUCGUGUUUGGUCUUGCGCAGAACAAGUUACAAGGGCCUUUACCAAAAGAGAUUGGGAACUUGAGUCUCAUGACAGAUCUAAUCCUGUGGGGAAAUCAGCUUUCUGGUGCUAUUCCUCCGGAGAUUGGGAACUGUACAAAUCUCAGGACAAUUGCCCUUUAUGACAAUGGUCUAGUUGGUCCUAUCCCUCCAACAAUUGGGAACAUCAAAUAUCUUCAGAGGCUAUACCUUUACAGGAAUUCGUUAAAUGGUACGAUUCCACCUGAAAUUGGGAAUCUCUUGCUUGCAGGCGAGAUUGAUUUUUCAGAGAAUUUCUUAAUGGGAGGGAUACCAAAGGAAUUAGGCAACAUACCUGGGUUGUACCUACUCUAUCUCUUCCAAAACCAGCUUACUGGCUUUAUUCCUAAGGAGUUGUGUGGAUUGAAGAACUUGACUAAGCUUGAUCUCUCGAUCAAUUCACUCACUGGCCCGAUUCCUGCAGGAUUUCAGUACAUGCCCAAGCUAAUCCAAUUGCAACUCUUCAACAAUAGGCUAUCAGGCGACAUACCUCCAAGGUUUGGCAUCUACAGUCGACUCUGGGUGGUGGAUUUCUCAAAUAAUAACAUUACAGGGCAGAUACCUCGAGAUCUUUGUAGACAGUCCAACCUUAUUUUGUUGAAUCUGAUGUCUAACAAGUUGAGUGGGAAUAUACCUCAUAGAAUCACCAGCUGUAGAUCAUUGGUGCAGCUUCGUCUCAGUGAUAACAGUCUGACAGGAAGCUUCCCCACUGAUCUAUGCAAUCUAGUGAAUCUGACGACAAUUGAGCUGGCUCGAAACAAGUUCAAUGGCCCUAUUCCUCCUCAGAUAGGGAAUUGCAUGGCUCUGCAAAGGCUUGACCUUACAAAUAACUAUUUCACAUCUGAGUUGCCCCGAGAAAUAGGCAACUUGUCAAAGCUUGUUGUCUUCAAUAUCUCGUCUAAUAGAUUAGGAGGAAGCAUACCACUGGAGAUAUUCAAUUGUACAAUGUUGCAGCGUCUUGAUCUCAGCCAGAAUAGCCUUGAAGGUUCGUUACCGACUGAAGUCGGUAGACUGCCUCAACUGGAGCUUCUCUCCUUUGCUGAUAAUAGGCUAUCUGGACAGGUGCCACCUAUUCUUGGUAAACUUUCACAUUUGACAGCACUGCAGAUUGGUGGCAAUCAAUUUUCUGGUGGAAUACCAAAGGAGCUGGGUUUGCUCUCAAGCUUGCAGAUUGCGAUGAAUUUGAGCUAUAAUAAUCUCUCUGGCAACAUACCAUCAGAGCUUGGUAGUCUUGCAUUAUUGGAAAAUUUGUUUCUCAAUAACAACAAGCUGACAGGUGCAAUCCCAGAUACAUUUGCGAACCUGUCAAGUUUGCUUGAGCUCAAUGUCUCCUACAAUAAUCUCACCGGUGCUCUCCCCCCUGUACCGCUUUUUGACAACAUGGUUGUGACCAGCUUCAUUGGAAACAGAGGACUCUGCGGUGGGCAACUUGGCAAGUGUGGAUCUGAGUCACCCUCUUCUUCCCAGUCAUCCAACUCAGUCAGUCGCCCUAUGGGCAAGAUCAUAGCAAUUGUUGCCGCCAUUAUUGGAGGAAUAUCACUUAUUCUUAUUGCCAUACUUUUGCACCAAAUGAGAAAACCACGAGAGACAAUAGCCCCUUUGCAAGACAAGCAAAUUCUUUCUGCUGGGUCAAACAUGCCUGUUUCAGCGAAGGAUGCGUAUACAUUUCAGGAAUUGGUCUCUGCUACAAAUAAUUUUGAUGAGAGUUGUGUCAUUGGACGGGGUGCUUGUGGAACUGUGUACCGAGCCAUCCUGAAGCCUGGACAUAUAAUUGCAGUAAAGAAGUUGGCUUCUAACAGGGAAGGAAGCAACACGGACAACAGCUUCCGUGCAGAAAUCCUGACUCUUGGAAAAAUAAGGCAUCGUAACAUUGUGAAGCUAUACGGUUUCAUCUAUCACCAGGGUUCAAACCUUUUGUUGUAUGAGUACAUGUCAAGAGGCAGCCUUGGAGAGCUACUCCAUGGGCAAUCUUCUUCUUCACUCGAUUGGGACACACGCUUCAUGAUAGCCCUUGGGGCAGCUGAAGGGCUUUCAUAUUUGCAUCAUGAUUGCAAGCCUCGCAUCAUCCACCGUGAUAUCAAAUCAAAUAAUAUUUUACUUGAUGAGAACUUUGAAGCCCAUGUUGGUGACUUCGGGUUGGCUAAGGUGAUUGACAUGCCAUAUUCAAAAUCAAUGUCUGCAAUUGCUGGUUCAUAUGGCUAUAUAGCACCUGAAUAUGCAUACACCAUGAAGGUCACCGAGAAAUGUGACAUAUACAGUUACGGGGUUGUCCUGUUGGAGCUGCUAACCGGGCGUGCACCUGUGCAACCAAUAGAACUGGGAGGUGAUCUGGUAACAUGGGCAAAGAACUACAUCAGGGACAAUUCUGUGGGUCCAGGGAUCCUCGAUAGAAAUCUGGAUUUAGAAGAUAAAGCUGCUGUUGAUCAUAUGAUCGAGGUCUUGAAAAUUGCGUUACUAUGUAGUAAUCUGUCUCCGUAUGAUAGACCGCCAAUGCGGCAUGUUAUAGUUAUGUUAAGCGAGUCUAAAGAUAGGGCCCAGACGAGCUCUGCUUCCUCACCUGCUUCUGAUAAUUCUUCAAAGAAGGAUAGCUCAUGAUUGUUAACUUGUGUCGCUCCGAGCAUCUGGAACUUUCAGAGUGCCAGUGCACUCACCGAACACGCCGUCCCCGUCGCGCCAUCAGCCAUGGCGUCAGAGGAAGCAGAGAGCCCGCACGUCGUCCUCUUCCCCUUCCUUGCGCGCGGCCACAUCCCUGCCUUCCUCCGCCUCGCCGGCCUCCUCCACGAGCUCCGCCCGGGCAUCACCGUAACGCUCGUGUCCACCCCGCGCCUCCUCGGCUCCCUCUCCCUCCCUGCUACCUCCCCGAUCCGCCUGCACGCGCUACCCUUCGUGCCCGCGGACCACGGCCUUCCCCCCGGCGCCGAGUCCCUCGCUGAUCUCCACGUCCACCAGUUCAUCACCUUCUUCCAGGCGUCCGAGUCCCUCCGCCCCGCCUUCCAAGGGUUCGUCUCCGGCAUCCGCUCCCCGGUCUGCAUCAUCGCCGACGCUUUCUUCGCGUGGACGGCGGACGUCGCCCGCGCGUGCGGCGCGUUCCACGCCAUCUUCCUCCCCGGCGGCGCCUUCGGAGACGCCGUCUUCUUCUCCCUGUGGGAGCACCUGCCGCGCACCCUCGCGGCCGGCGACGAGUUCCCCCUGCCCGACUUCCCGGGCGUCGUCCUCCAUCGCACGCAGAUCCCGCGGCACAUGCUCGCAGCGACCGAGGACGACCCCUGGACGGCUUUCUUCCGGCGGGUCAUCCCGUGUUGCCGCAAGACCGACGCGCUGCUUGUCAACACCGUCCAAGAGCUCGAGUCCUCCGGGCUAGACAUGCUCACGAAAAGCUUCGGCGUCCGGACAUAUCCAAUCGGGCCAAUUCUUGCGGCUUCGACUCCGUCGGAAUCGCAGGAGGAUGCCAGCAUCAUCCAGUGGCUGGACGCGCACCCGAGGGGCUCGGUCCUGUACAUAUCCUUCGGGUCGCAGAACAGCAUCAACGCCGAUCAGAUGACGGAGCUGGCGCUGGGUCUGGAGGCCAGCGGGCGGCCGUUCCUCUGGGCCCUCCGGCCCCCGCUGGGGCUCGACGCCACGGACGGCUUCAAGCCCGAGUGGCUCCCGGAAGGCUUCGAGGAGCGGACGGCCCAGGAUAAAAGGGGAUUGCUGGCGCGCGGCUGGGCGCCGCAGAUGCGGAUCCUGGCGCACCCGUCGACCGGCGCGUUCAUGAGCCACUGCGGGUGGAACUCCAUCCUCGAGAGCCUGUGCCGCGGCGUGCCGUUGGUCGGGUGGCCGCUGGGGGCCGAGCAGUUCUUCAACGCGAUGCUGGUGGUGGAGUGGGGCGUCUGUGUGGAGUUGGCGCGGGGGAACCUGGAGAGCUCGGAGGUGGCGAGCGGCGCGGUGGCGGAGGCCGUGGGGACGGUGUUGGGGGGGACGGAGAAGGGCGGUGAGAUGAGGAGGAAUGCGGGGGCGAUCGCGCGCGCGAUGGCGGCCGCGUGGGAGGGGCGGUGCGGGUCGUCGGCGGUGAGCUUGGAGGGGUUCCUCAGGUGCGUUGAGACGUCCGUGCGUUGAGAUGUCGGCUUCGAUUAUGUUGCGGCAAGAUUAUUGUUGAUAGUAGUACUAUCUUUUCCGGCAAAUAAAAUCCAACCCGGGAUCGCCUUCGCACGGUCGCUAGAAUUCCGUGAGGUUUAUCGUGCGUGGGAAUCAUAAUUUAUCUGGCUUUCUUUA